AUGUUUGAGAGGCUUGGGCUCGUUUGCAGUCACAUAUUUUGGAUCUUGAGAAACAAAAAAUUGAAGUUAGUCCCUGAUGAGUUGCAUGGAGGACGCUGGUUGAAGUCUAAAUUUGUCAAGCCUGUGCAUUUUGGUUUUGAUGAUAAUAUUGAGUCAUUUAUUGCUGUGGAUGAGACGAAGCAGGAAUACAGUGAUAUGCAUGCAGAUUUUUAUGAUAUCGCACGGCUUAUAGAGGGAGAUGGUGAUAAAAUUCGUGCAUUUAGACAUAUUAUGGCUGAAGGGAAAAAAGAAGUACUUGGUGAGGGAAAUGUAUUGUCUAUAAGUGCAAAGAGACAGAUGAUUGAGAAUUUUUAUGGCUCAGAAGUCCCUACUGAAAUAGAAGUUCAUCCACCUGAUGUUGUCAGCACCAAGGGUUCUGGUCGACGUCUUUCACGACUUGAGAAAGAAAUAAGAGAGUUGUCGAAGCCUGGAAGGAAAUGUGGCAAAUGUGGCGAGAUUGGUCAGCAUGAUUCAAGGAAUUGUGACAAGAUACAAGAGUUGAAGAAGAAGAAAAAGAGGAAACAACAAUGUUGA